GGCAAAUGAAAGCAGACAACAACAACAACAAUAUUAGACGAAGCAAAAACAAACCACAAUCACGGCAAAAAGAAGGCGUAUUCUUUGAAACGAAACAAUAAUAAUCCCGCAAGCAAAAAAAAAAAAAAAAAAAAAAAAAAAAUACACUAUCUGGCCAUUCCUUAAACACCCCCGCCUGCGUUCCUGGAAGAAGCCAUGAAAGUUAAAAUCAAGGAGUGGAACGCGGUGGCCACAUGGAGAUGGGAUAUUCCAGAAGACGAUGUCUGCGGAAUCUGCCAGGUUCACUUUGACGGCACUUGUCCGACGUGCAAAUACCCUGGUGAUGAUUGUAGUCUCUGCCACAUUAACUCUCAUGUCUAACAUGCUCGAAAGCACUGCAUCCUGGAAUGGAUCAAGCAAGAUUCCGCCAAGGGACAAUGCCCAAUGUGUCGACAAACCAUCGACGCCGCACCAAAGUCGCAAAGUCACUGCCUUGUCACAUACCUUCCUGCCGACCAUCAUGACGGAACCCUCGCGUCGCUUCUCAUCAGAAGCCGCAUCCAACACCAAAAGCCCCGUCGGGUCUCUCCGUCAGAACACCCCUCCGCUCGGGUCGCCGCAUCAUUUCGACAGGCGUCGUCUCUCAUCCAACUCGCAAGACCAACCUACCUCGAAUCUGGACCAGGCUUCCACCAGCACUCACCAGAGACAGCCACGGUCGGGAGUGCUGCGACCGCCCUCGCAGGAAUCCCUCCUCCUGCAGCAACAACAGCACCAACCGACACCGCCACCACCGCCCGUAUUUACCCCGGUCUUUACACUAGUCGACGACGCAACCGGCCGCCCCACAACACACCACCCCCGCGUCCACUAUAUCUUCUCCGACGAUGACCCCGAGGAGCUGACCGCCGCCCUCGACGACGCUGCGGCGGACCAUCCCCACCCACCCACAUCCUCCGGUGGCGCCGCGGCGGCAGCGCCGGGGUCAUCUCGCGACCGCGCCAUCGUCGUCGACCUGGUACCGAGCCCCGACGGUAGGCCUGGUUCCUUCUCCGUGGCCAGCGCCGUCUCCCUCAGUCCCGACUGGGCCGUGACGAGCGUGCAGGUCUCGAGAGUAGGCGGCAAGGACGCCGACGUACCCGGGGGGGGAGUCGGCAGCAAGGGCAAGACGAGAGAUGGCGCCGAGGCCGGCGAUGACAAGGACGACAACGGCAGCGGUGACGGCGGUGACAACGGGCUCAUGCUGAGGAUCGAAGGGGUUGGGGUCGACCCGGCGGCGGCGGCGGACAGCACCCUGACGCUGUCCGGGUCCAGCAGCGGCGGGUCGCGCCACAGUGAGCGCAGACGGCAAAAACAACAACAUCAGGGGCCCGGUCCCAACGGGGAGGAAGAGUUCGCGGCGUUGGCUGACGACUUUGACCGUCGCAUGAGCACGCUGCGCCGCGUGGUAGAUGCUAGCAUACCUGGACUGCCUUCAGAGGAGCAGCGGGCUGUUCAUGCUGCCGUCGGGGAUGAGACUGCCUCACCUGGGGCGGCUGCUGCUGAGGCUGUGUCUUCUGACCAGAAGGCCACUCCCUGA